AUGCAAACGCGGGCCCGAGAAGAACUGCCUCCCGAGCUCAUCGCUUCUAUACAACGCGUACUGGAACUGCAGACUGCUGAUGCGGACCCGUUGGACAGUCUGUCUGAUUUCGAUGCUGUCACAGUCUUGAACCAGUACUUCCCCGACGAGGCUUCACUUGGGCAGCUCGAAACCGUUCAAGCCAAGCUGGCCCAGGACGAGCAAGACCUGGCCGUGGAAAUACGGGAGUUACAAGAGGAGAUUAAGCUACAACAGGAUCCGGGAAAGAUGCAACUCAUACAAGAGAUGAUAUCGGAUCUGUUGGGUCAGAUGUCUCGCAUUCGCGAGAAGGCAACCGAGUCAGAAGCUAUCGUCCGCAACAUCACGAAAGAUAUACAAGUCCUGGACCUCGCAAAGGCCAACCUAACCCUCAGUAUGACGAUUUUGAGGAGGAUGCAGAUGCUCGUAAGGGCACUGGCGCAGCUUGAAGAGUUUGUGAGGGAGAGGCGAUACUCUGAUAUAACGCAGAACCUUGCUGCCGUGAAAGAAAUAUCAACGUCUUUCAAACCCUAUAACACCGUCCCUCGAAUUGCGCAGCUCAUAAGAAGAGUUCAAGAACUUCAAGGCGAAGUUCGGUCUAUGAUUGAAGCCGAUUUCGAUGCCUACUACUUACAACAACCGACAUCUCCAAAGGCAGCAGUUGUUACAGCUGCUUGUGAGACCGCGGAUGUUCUUGGCCCCGACGUGCGCGCGAGUCUGGUGGCGCGGUAUACAGCACUGCUGAUGGCGGAGUAUCGCCGAAUAUUUAGGCUCACCGACGAGGCUGGGCAGCUUGACAACAUCUCUCGGAGAUUUGCGUGGUUCCGACGCACGCUCAGUACACAUGAAGGCGGACUUGGACGCGCUUUUCUCGAGCAAUGGAGCGUUGGACAGGCGCUUGUAGCCGCUUUCGUCGAUGUAACACGAGGAGACAUGGCUUCAUUGCUAUCCAAGGCUGGGAAGGAUCUUUCCGUCAUGACACUCCUGGACACGUUGCAGCAGACGAAAGACUUCGAAAUAUCGAUCUCGAAACGUUUUGGGGUACCGUUCAAGGAUCUACUUCAAUCUCAAUCGUCUAUCGUUGGCGCUUCAACAGAUCCCAUCAGUGCGGCUUUCGAGCCGCAUAUGGGCGUCUACGUCCGUGCACAGGAUAGGACCAUUGCGGAUAUGAUUGCUUCACACCGCGGUCCGACUGCGCGCUCCUCUCUGGACACGACGAGCCACGCUUCGGAGCACGAUGAGAACCCGCCGUCAGUGUUGCCUUCUUCGACGGAACUAUUCUAUUUCUACAGUCAAACCAUGGACGCGUGUGCGACGCUGUCUACAGGCAAACCUCUCUUUGACUUGCUUGAUGUAUUCAAGAAGUGGCUGCGUACAUAUGCUGGGGAGAUACUGCCGAAAACGCUCAAGCGAGUGGGUCCCCUGCCUCGUCGGUCUAUGGAUGCCCGCUGGGACGUCACUGAGAUUAAGAAUGCCUGCCUUGUCAUCAACACGGCCGACUAUUGCUACAAUACGGCACAAGAACUCGAGGAACGGAUGCGGCAACGUAUAGCGGAUGAAUACAAGGAGAAGGUAUCUCUACAGCACGAGAUGGAUCUCUUCAUCAGCGCAGCCUCAUCCUCCAUCGUAAUACUGUUACGCGAAAUGGAAGCCGGUUGCGAACCACACCUGCUCACCCUCUCACGUACAGCCUGGGCUUCAUUGCAGGAGGUCACCGGCCCGUCCGCUUACGUGCUGGAACUUUCACGUUCCCUUGAGCAGGUAUCCGAACUAGUGAUACCCUUGGUCGAGAGCAAGAAAUAUCUGCGCAACUUUUUUGACAAGGCGUCAAGCCUCGUGCUCACCCGCUUUACCAACUCGAUGGUCAGAAGCCGUCCAUUGAAAGAAAACGGUGCCGAACAGCUUAUGUUGGACUUGGCUUCUUUGAAAUCAACUUUGCUGAAGUUGCCAGGAGAGAGCCUCACGUCAGCGAGCUACACGAGAAGCAUCACGAAGACGACUCAGCGCCUGGAGGCGCUUCUCAAAGUCAUUGUUGCUCCCCAGAGCCCUGCCGAAGGUUUCAUCCUCAAUUAUAUCCUCCUUAUCGGCGACGCCUCCUUCUCCAACUUCCAAAAGAUUCUUGACCUUAAGGGUACGCCGCGAGCGGAACAGAACAAUCUUUUGGACGAGUUCGUGACGACAACGAGUACUCGGCCCGAACUCGAACAAACUUCCUUCCUUUCAUCGCUUGAUAUGGACCCGUCGCUCGCAUCGCAGGCUGCAGCUCUGGCCAGUCCUGGCGGCAGCCGUGUGGCGCUUGGAGGUCAAGAUGGCAUCUUCGCUACGCUUAGUUCGCCGCAACCGGACGGAACGCCUACGGGAUCGCAGACACCACCGCGCGACGGGGCCCAGGGCAAAGUGUUUUCGGAUUUCAGACGGCUCAUGAACUUCGGCUUGCGGCGGGAGACAAUGGGGCCGUAG